AUGCUGCCCAAACUUGAAACAGCCGCGGCGGCGCUUACCGCUGCCGAAGUCUACGAAGCUUUUACAGCUUGGCUCCGGAGCGGUACCUGCGGAUCUAUGAGUCACUACGUGCAAGGCAACGUACUCCGAAGCAAGCAACGAGAUGCCUCCAUGCGAUCAGAGAGCGAUAGCAGGCUGCGUGGACUGUCGGCCCAUAAACUUCGGAACAAAAACUCGUAUUUCAGCAACUUCAGAAACUUGGGCUCUGCCCCCUCUGCCCCCGAGGAUGGCGCCGCACUCAACGAUACGAUGACCUGGAAAGCUCGCGACGAGCAGGACAUUGCCAACAUGUCACACUAUCUCGGUGCACAAAGGUCCGACAUGCCCCCGCCAUCCCCCUCGCCUGUCAUGGACACAGACGGAGCACCGAAGUUUGAUACAGACUUCAAUUCCUCUGCAUUCACUACGGCGCGUUUCGUUCAACAACGUGUGGCUUAA